AUGUCAAAAUUGUCAAACAAAACAAAAUGUCAGCUUCGAAUCAGUUGGAUUACUAUAUUUUAACAAUAAAUAAACUUAAAAUAACUUUACGUAAACUCGAUUAGUUUUUUGCUGCUAUAGAAUUAAAACGUGACAAUUUCCAAGUGAUCAUCGUGUACUAUAUUAGUAUUAUUUAAGCUACAAGGACUUAGUGAACAUCCACUUAAUCGUAAGAAUUUUUCGAUAAUUAAAACUGCCCCGAUGCCUUUGAGCUUUAGAAAACGAAAGACAACAUGUAUGACAUGUUGUCCGAAUUUCGAGUAUCGGAAUUUGAUUCUUUUGUGGAUAUACUAAAAUUGACUCCUGGUGAUCCGUUAAAUACAUUUGGUGAGAUGUGGUAUCCAGUGUUUUUGUGGUCUUUAUUCUCUUCAGUGUUUGUGCAUACGUGUGCGGCCCUCGUCGCUUUCGGGACAUUAAGAAAACAUAAAUACGGGAAAUUCUUUCCCGUGUUGUUGAUUGUGAUGGGUGUUGUGUGUCCAGUGACUUCAGGUGUCGCAACUAGUGCAGCUGUGGCGUUUAUAUACCGCGCCGCUAACUUAACUAUGCCUCCAAUACAUGCUAUGAUAUGGGGCAUAGGACAAACAGUACUUGGAGCUGGAAUGGGUUUCACCAGGAUUUUAGCUACAUUGUAAUAAAAGAAAUGAAUUUUUGUUUAGCUAAUUAUAUUGCAAUAUAUUUAUGAACAAUGUUAUCGAAAUCAAAUAAAUUCUGAGUCAAUUAAAUAUAAUUAUAGUGAUGCAAGGUAGAUUAAAGGAAAGGUGCUGCAUGUUGAUGCAUUAUUCCUGUAACAUGUGAAGACAACUUACAAGAUGCUGUGUUACUCCCUAUAGUGAAUACUCCUUAGAUGUCUGCUGUAAAUACAUGUAUAAUUCUACUUCUGUAUGUAGCGGCAUAUAAUACACAAUGUGCUUAAUUUUGUAUAUGAACUAGGUACUUCAAUCUUGAAUAUUUAUAUAAAUAAUGGAAAUGAAAUAGGCAAUACAAAUAAAAUGUGCAAUAAUAUGAAUGAAAUUGUAAAUAUGUGCCUACCUUUAUAUGACUGAUGUUUCAAAUAAAAUCAUUAUUCUAGAAUUAGUUUUUCUACUUGAAAUGUAGCAUCAUAUAGUGGCAUUAUUUGAUCUAAAGCCAUCCUAACUGUAAAGUAGAUACCUGGUGCAUU